UAUUAGAAAUGAAAUCUUCCUUUUCACCCGUGGUUGGAGCAGCACAAGGAAGAUGUUCUUUUAUUUCUUCUGGCCAUAUGUUGCUGCUCCUCUUGUAGGCCUACUACUGAUGUAAAUUUGAGCACUGAAUGGAUGACAUAUGUAAACUACAGCCUAUUAUCAAUCUAACGUAAAAAUACGUUGUUAUCUUUAGGCAAAUGUUUACGACGUGACAAAUAAACAAAGUUUACUUCUGACUGUGUGUGCGGUUGUUUAGACAAAUGCAUGAUUUUGCAAAGCCGCUGCAUAAACCACAGAGCAUAGAAGUAAAUGCCUAAUUUCGCAAUAAUUAUCUAAUUACACCUCACAUUGUUCAAGAAACCACUCGUUAGAAUUACAGUAUGCACGGAGUCGAGGAGCCGACUGAAUGUUAAUGAAACCGAGUAGCCUAACUCCAUUUCUCGGAAACUAUUUUUUUUUUGGAACUGUGAGGAAACUUCCUGCUAAUAGGCUACGGCUUCUUACGAUUUUCUCUAGAAACCUAUUUGAUGGUUUCACUUUUCUCCUCAUUUUCUUUAAUUGUUGAUAGCCUAGCGUCGCCUUUUGUCUCACUCAGGACUGACUUAUCUCUAACGUUUAAGUAAGUUUAUAGCACACCUGAGAACGAAACUAGUUUUUUUUCGUCACAGAAAAUUCGUUAAGGCAUACACCGGAUAAUCUAUUAAACUACGGAAUAUGGAGUGCUUAAACCUGACGUCGUGACCGUAAAUAGCUUUCCGCCGUUAAGUGCUUCUAUAGACCCUGAGGAAUGAAGUGUUCCCCAUACUCCUCCACGCUUCCUGUGUGCUCUGAUCUCACCAGGACACGGGGAGCUGUUUGACAGAAGGAGUUUCUGUGUGUGCAGCACAUCGCCCCCUAGUGGGCUCUUGGAACCAUGGGAAUCUGGGUGUUGUGCACUCUGUAUUUUGUCCUCAGCCUCCAGGGGAACCAUGGCAGUGACGCCACGCUUGGGCUGACCAUGCCACAUGCAGUGGAGUUGGAAAUAGACUGGGUCGGACUACGCAUAUCUGUCUGCUGGAAACUGGAUCACUUCCCCACAGUCAACAACCUUACAGAAAGUCUGCUCUUCGACAUUGAGGUCCUCCAAAAUGAAGAUGUUGUGCACAAUGUCACCACAGAGGCAGAUCCACUUUUGAAAAAGGGGCGCUGGUGCUGGACUUCACGCACUCCACUGGAGUGCCCCCCACACUCCUACAGAGUUCGGUCCCGACGGCUAGACCACACCAGCCAGUGGAGCCCCAAACUGACUGUAGAUGAGACGGCUGUUCCUUCUCGCGAGCCCGUCCAGGUUUACCCUGUGGAGAAAGUCGUUGCCGUGGGCAGCACCGUUCGUUUCUGCUGCAUUGUGGGAAGGGGCCGUGCGCUGACCGACAUCAAAUACAACAAUGAAGUCGUGGACGCCACUCCGAUCGGCGCCCAGAGCUACAUGGUUGCCCUGCGCAACGUGACAGCGACCAAAAGCUCUGCCAACGCCGUGUUCUGCAGCCACAACGACACCAACCCCGACACCACGGGCUCCAGUCUCUUUGUUGGCUACCCCCCUGGCGACUGCGCCUUGGUUUGUGAAACAGACCUGGAGUCUGUGGAGUGUCAGUGGGACCCAGGGCGGCAGACGAAGCUGUCUGGGAAUCGGCGCACCACCUAUACCUUGAACGGAAGGAACUGUUCGCAGGCCAAUCAAGUGAGGAAGCCGUCAUUCCGGUGCAAGCUUGGCAAGGGCCUGUGCGAGAGGAACAGGACCCUGAAGGCCUCGAACCCGCUCGGCAGCCUGGUGCUAACAGACACGGCAGACCUGAAUCACAGAGUGCGCCUGCAGCGUCCUUUCAGAGAGCCAUCAGCUGAGGUGAAUGCUUGGAACGCCAGUGUCCAGUGGAGAUGGCCACUGGCCAGUGUCCGGGCCCAUGAAGAGCUGCACCUUCUGUGCCAGGUCCAGCUGAUGCACAGCGGGCUCACCAACACAAGUAACUAUACGGGACGGUGGCUGUCAGAGCUGGUGCUGCGCGACCUGCAGCCGGGCACGAAUUACAGCCUGCAGAUUAGAUGUGGGACACAGCAGAAUUUUUGGAAAUGGAGUGACUGGAGUUUCUUCAAAUUCAAGACCAAAGAGGACCGUCCCGGUGCUCUGGAUGUCUGGAUGCAGAUGAACAGCAGCCACUCAGCUCUCAUCCUGUGGAGGCCUCUCUCGGCCAGUGAGAGUCACGGCCGGAUUCGGGGCUACGAGGUGUCCUGGGACAGCUCCCUGAGGGGAAGGCGGAGCUCCAAGCUGCCCCCAGAGAAGCACAGCCUCCUCCUCCAGGACAUGGGACACGGGGUUGUCACGGUUACAGCCUUCAACGGGGCCGGCUCCUCCCCUCCUUCCAGCGUUGGCUUUGCUGAGCUCGCAGGCGGUACAGCCAGUGUUUCCAGAAUCCCUGGCUCCGGCGGCGGCUUCAACCUGUCCUGGCCUGCCAGCGCCAACGCGACCUGCGGGUACGCUGUAGAGUGGAGCCCCGCCCACAGCGGGCGUGGCCGUACGGUGGAGUGGGUGAGGGUGCCAGCUCAACGCACCUGGGCCAGGAUUCCACCUGAGUGCUUCACAGCAGGGCUGAAGUACUCACUGUCCAUCUACAGCUGCAGUCAGGGCAUCUUGGAGCUGCUGGCCAGGAGGGAGGAGUACAGUGAGGAGAGGGCCCCUGACCAGCCAGUGCAGAAUCUGCAGGUGAAGCAGAGUGGGUCCGAAGUGCGGCUCCGCUGGGACGGGGUUCCUCUGGAGGGUCAGCGGGGGCUCAUCCGCGGAUAUUCGGUCCAUCGGGCCUCCGCUUCGGGCCUGGUCUCCACAGAGAACAUCACAGACCCAGAGGCGAGAGGCUACGCCGUGAGGAACCUGCCCCUGGGUCACUACACCUUCACAGUGAGGGCCUUCACAGCGGCGGGGGAGGGGAGCGGCGCUGUGGUCUCUAUUCAGCUCAGCCCUUACUCUGAUUCGCUGAUCUGCGUAAUUCUCAUUUCCCUGGGUACAAUGGCCUGUGUCCUCAUCCUCACCACUGUAACCUGCUACCGCAAGAGGAAAUGGAUGAAGGAGAAGUUCUACUCUGACAUUCCCCAGCCAAAGCUGUCCCAUAACUGGGCAACAACACCAAUUUUAAGCUACCAGGGGAUGGAACCCAUGCACAUCCCCUAUGACAGCAUUGAAAUAAUGUCGCACCUGGCUGAGAAUUCGGGAGUAGAUCAUGGUGAGGAGAAAGGGGGGUGUUGGUUCCCACCUGACACAGACUCCAGCUGCCCCCCCUACAUCGGGUGCUACCAGCAGGCACCGGGCAGGAGGUCCUAUGGGUGUGUCCCCCCGGCCCCCCUGGCCCCCCCUGCCCCCUCCCUGGAGACCAGGCGCACAGGGGUCACCUACACAGCGGUGUGUACCCCUCUGAUGCCCACACAGGGUGUCCCGCCCCCUGUGGAGUACAAGCCCCAGAUUUCAGCACCCCCGCAUGCCCUCCCGCUGUGGGCGGACGAUGGCUACCAGCCCCACCCCCGCCACUGCCCCGGGUCUCCGGGGGUCGAAAGCCUGGACCCGUCUCUGGACACGCCCACGUCUGCCAACUCCUUCACGUUCCUGUUGGGCGGGGCUGCGUCUGUGGGACGUCCUGAGCAGACCUGCACCCUUCCCUCCCCUGUGGAGCUGAACGGGGUCCUCCCCUACAGGAACUACACUAAUCCCUCCUACAUGCUCACAGACACAUCCCUCUAACCCCACCCACUGUUCCACAGGCCCCACCCACAGGCAAACUGCUUCCUCCCUCAUAAUGCUAACCCCACCCACUGUUCCACAGGCCCUACCCACAGGCAAACUGCUUCCUCCCUCAUAAUGCUAACCCCGCCCACAGUUCCACAGGCCCCACCCACAGGAAAACUGCUUCCUCCCAUAAAAUGCUAACCCCACCCACUGUUCCACAGGCCACACCCACAGGCAAACUGCUUCCUCCCUCAUAAUGCUAACCCCACCCACAGUUCCACAGGCACCACCCACAGGCAAACUGCUUCCUCCCUCAUGACGCUAACCCCACCCACUGUUCCACAGGCCCCACCCACAGGCAAACUGCUUCCUCCCUCAUAAUGCUAACCCCACCCACUGUUCCACAGGCCACACCCACAGGCAAACUGCUUCCUCCCUCAUAAUGCUAACCCCACCCACUGUUCCACAGGCCCCACCCACAGGCAAACUGCUUCCUCCCUCAUGACGCUAACCCCACCCACUUUUCCACAGGCCCCACCCACAGGCAAACUGCUUCCUCCCUCAUAAUGCUAACCCCACCCACUGUUCCACAGGCCACACCCACAGGCAAACUGCUUCCUCCCUCAUAAUGCUAACCCCACCCUCUGUUCAACAGGCCACACCCACAGAUAGCUCCUGGCCAAUCACGCGCUCGCCUGCUCGGCUCCUGGCCAAUCACGCACUGCCCUACUGGGCUUCUGGCCAGUCAGCAAGAAGCCAGAAUAAACUGCAAGAGUAAAUAUGAGUAAAAUAGGCAUUAUAAAACUCAAGUUAAUUACAUGUUUCUUUGUGGGAAAUUUGUGCAGGCCAGUGUUCACAGUGCACUGUUUACUGAAAGUAAUGAAAUUAAAUAGUAGGAUUUAUUAUUUAUUACAUUAUAAUCACUUGGCAUUAUUUUAUUGUUAUUAUGGCAUUAUUUUUCUAGCAGUGGAGCGCAUCAGUGUUACCUUUCCCUCAGAAAUACAAGAAAUGGCCAAAGUGUCAGGGAGGUUCAUUUAUAAUCAAUAAGUGUAAAAUUAACAUAAGAAACAGCGUUUUGUAUUUGUAACAGAAGCGGUUUGACAAGACAGAUAGCUUUAUGUCUUUUGCUUUCAGUGUUCAGUUAGGAGGUUCUUCAGGUAUCUCCUGGUCAUUCAGGUAUCUCCUGGUUGUUCAGGUAUCUCCAGGUUGUUCAGGUAUCUCCAGGUUGUUCAGGUAUCUCCUGGUGCAUGUGAAGCACUUGUCUCUGCAAUAUUCGCACAUCUGUCAGACACUGUUUUAGUUCAUGUGCGCCUUGGUCUUGGUCUGUGUGUGUGCCUGUCUUAUGAUUGACACCUCAGCCAUCACUGGAUCAGUAUGUGUGUGUGUCUGUGUCUUACCUUAUGAUUAACAGCUUGUGUGUGUGUGUGUCUGUGUCUUACCUUAUGAGUGACAGAAGAGCUGCCUGCCCCAGGAGAGGUGUAAUGUGUGUUUGAGAGUACAGGUUGGUCAUGUUUUAACCUGACCUGAUAUUUUAUUUCUCUGAACCUUUUUAUGUGAACGUACUUUCGUAAUUCCAACUUCGCUAAGUUUCUCUGAACAAAGAUGAUGAAACAUCCAUUUAAACUUGAGCGAUUUUAUUUUGUGAUUUUACAGCAUAAUGCGUAUUUGAGUCGGUUAUAAGUAUGAAAAAUAUCAAAGUUGAUCGAGAAUGUUGUUGUACUGAUAUUCCAGGUGCCAUUAACUGUCCAUUCACUAUGUAGCAUGUAUUAGAGUUGUUUUAUUCUUAAUACCUCUGAAAUCACGCUGCUGCUUAUAUGCUGGAUGUGUCCAGGCUUGGUCUUGAAAAGGGUGCAGGUUUUUGUUUUAUCCCAGCAGUGUCCCCUCAUUCAACUAAUAAACACAACCUUGAUGACUAAAAUCAGACGUCUUAGCACCCCCACCGGCCCUGCUCGGAUAUGAUUGGCUCUGCUGUGCACCCACACCGGCCCUGCUCGGAUAUGAUUGGACACUGCUGUGCACCCACACCGGCCCUGCUCGGAUAUGAUUGGACACUGCUGUGUACCCCCACCAGCCCUGCUCAGAUAUGAUUGGACAUUGCUGUGUACCCCCACCAGCCCUGCUCAGAUAUGAUUGGACACUGCUGUGUACCCCCACCAGCCCUGCUCAGAUAUCAUUGGACACUGCUGUGUACCCUCACCAGCCCUGCUGCGAUAUCAUUGGACACUGCUGUGUACCCCCACCAGCCCUGCUCAGAUAUCAUUGGACACUGCUGUGCACCCCCACCAGGCCUGCUUAUAUAUGAUUGGACACUGCUGCUCAGGUCUGAUUCCUUGCGACGCACCCGUAGGUCAUAGGUCACGUGUAAAUGUAGCUCAUCCUUCAUCUGCAGCAGCAUGCUUCUGUGAGUCCAACAUGUAUCAACGUGUUACUGUGGUAUGUGUUUCUCACUUGUAUGAGCAUCUUACUGUGGAAUUAGUGAAACAUGUAUGAACAUAUUCAAUUUCCCACAUCCAAAUGCAUGACCAAAAUUGAGCCCAUGGUGUUGGUGUGCUGAAGUUUACUCUUCUCCAGAUGUGAGGAACAUUCUCGGGACAUGGUAGCUGUACUACUACAGCAUAACCACUAGGUGUCAGUAGAGUAUUAAGGAAAAACACAAUUUUAUCCAAAUCGUUCUGUGAUCUGGGAAUAUAUUUGGAAAAGUAUCAGUAGAAGUAGGGUGAGAUGACAGGGUAUGAUGUCAAAGUAACCAGCACCAAGCAAACAUUGUGAAUAUUCAUUUCCUGUUUUGAAUUUGUAUUCUUCUACAAUUCAGGAUGUGUAGUUCAUAUGUAUGUACAAACCUUUUAAAAUGAGUUUAAAAA